GAAAUCCCCUUCCCUCCCCUUAUAUAUUACACACGCACACAACACAAAAAGAAGGAAGAAGAGAAAGAAACAAACCUAUGGAAUACUUUGUGCGACGGAAAAGGGAGAAAGGAGAGAGAGAGCAGCCGUAGACCAGAGCCGGGAGGAAGGAGUUCGACACCACCGCCGUCUUCCUCUGCCGCCGCCGCGGGGAUCGCCGGAACCAGCACUCAACACCGCUGCCGCUGUCUCGUCUUCUCCGUUUAUCUAAUUUGUCUAAUUCGUCAAUAAAUCGAGGUAACAGGAAUGAUGAAUAAUGAGACGUCUGAAUCUUGGGUCGGAUUGAAGAUGGGUCGAAGGAGAUCCAACCGGGUCAACAAGAUCUCCAUCAUCACAUGCCUCUUCUUCUUCCUUGCUUCAUCUGCGCACUGUUUCUACCUACCUGGUGUUGCUCCUCGUGAUUUUCAAACAGGCGAUCAACUUUCAAUUAAAGUGAACAAGUUGUCUUCCACAAAGACUCAACUUCCAUAUGACUAUUACUACCUGCACUACUGCAAACCUUCCAAGAUUAUUAAUAAUGCAGAGAACUUGGGUGAGGUCCUUCGUGGUGACCGCAUUGAGAACUCUGUUUAUACUUUCAAUAUGCUACAAGAGCUGCCGUGCCAGGUGGCAUGUCGGGUAAAACUCGAUGCUAAAGCUGCAAAGAACUUCAAAGAAAAAAUUGAUGACGAGUAUAGGGUGAACAUGAUUUUGGAUAACCUUCCUGUUGCUGUUGUUAGACAAAGGCGUGAUGGAAGUCAGCCUACCACAUAUGAACAUGGUUUUCGUGUUGGGUUCAAGGGCAACUACGCAGGGAGUAAAGUGGAGAAAUACUUCAUACAUAACCAUUUAAGCUUUAGAGUUAUGUACCACAGGGAUCCUGAGACGGAUACUGCUCGAAUAGUGGGGUUUGAAGUUACUCCAAACAGCAUUAAUCAUGAGUAUAAGGAGUGGGAUGAAAAAAACCCUCAGGUGACAACCUGUACCCCCAAGACCAAAGAUAUGAUUCAAGGUAGUACUGUUCCUCAAGAAAUCGACACAGGAAAGGAAGUUGUCUUUACUUACGAUGUGUCUUUCAAGGAAAGCGAAAUAAAAUGGGCUUCACGUUGGGACACUUACCUUCUCAUGAAUGAUGAUCAGAUCCACUGGUUUUCCAUUAUCAACUCUCUUAUGAUCGUUCUCUUCCUUUCCGGCAUGGUUGCCAUGAUCAUGAUGAGAACUCUCUACAAAGACAUCUCUAACUACAAUCAAUUGGAAACACAAGAUGAAGCUCAGGAAGAAACGGGGUGGAAACUUGUUCACGGAGAUGUGUUCAGGCCUCCUAUUAAUUCAGGGUUACUCUGUGUUUAUGUUGGGACCGGUGUUCAAUUAUUUGCUAUGACACUGGUGACAAUGAUAUUUGCUGUGUUGGGUUUCCUUUCACCUUCCAACCGAGGCGGGCUUAUGACAGCCAUGGUUCUACUGUGGGUCUUCAUGGGCUUGUUUGCCGGUUACUCAUCAUCACGCCUAUACAAAAUGUUCAAGGGCUCAGAGUGGAAGAAGAUCACCUUGAAAACUGCUUUCCUGUUUCCUGGGAUUCUUUUCGGGGUCUUUUUUGUACUGAAUGCUCUCAUCUGGGGCGAGCAAUCUUCUGGGGCUGUUCCAUUCGGAACCAUGUUUGCUCUCGUCUGCUUAUGGUUCGGCAUCUCGGUGCCCUUAGUGUUUGUGGGCAGUUAUUUGGGAUACAAAAAACCAGCGAUGGAAGACCCCGUGAAGACAAACAAGAUCCCAAGGCAAAUACCCGAACAGGCAUGGUACAUGAAACCAGCCUUUUCUAUUCUCAUUGGAGGGAUCCUUCCUUUCGGGGCAGUUUUCAUUGAGCUCUUCUUUAUUUUGACCUCCAUCUGGCUGAACCAGUUCUACUACAUCUUCGGCUUCCUCUUCAUAGUUUUUGUGAUCUUGCUGAUCACCUGCGCAGAGAUAACCGUUGUGCUCUGCUACUUCCAGUUGUGCAGCGAAGACUACUAUUGGUGGUGGAGGGCCUACCUAACUUCCGGUUCCUCUGCCCUAUACCUUUUCCUCUACUCCAUUUUCUACUUCUUCACCAAGCUGGAAAUCACAAAGCUGGUCUCGGGGCUUUUGUAUUUCGGCUACAUGCUGAUUGCGUCAUAUGCCUUCUUUGUCUUGACUGGCACCAUCGGCUUCUAUGCGUGCUUCUGGUUUGUUCGGAAGAUCUACUCGUCCGUGANGAGCAUUUUUAGUUUGAAAGGCUACAAGGGAUGAGUAAUGAGAUUUGGCACUCACUGGACCAAGAGCUAAAUAUAGUAGCAAGCACCAAAAUGAGAGUUUGGGGGUAUUGGCUUUUUUUUACUUCAGUGUUUAUUACUAUUACAAUUUCUGAACUACACUUUUGACUAGCAAAUUAUGUGGGAUUAAUGCCAUGCUUUUCCUCUUACGAAUGCUUAAGAGUUUUUUUUAGUAGCGUCUUUAAAUUAAACUGUAGUUGAAAGU